GGGGCGAGCUGAGCGGGGACGUCCGCCCGCGCGCCAGCAGCCAAUCAGCGAGAGGGGUCACGGCACUGCCUAGGCACGCACCACCCCUCCCGGAAGUUAAAGACGUCGGGGUUGUCAUAGAGACCGGAGAGGCGAGGCGCCGCGGCCGAGAUGACGGUGCACAACCUCUACCUCUUCGACCGCAAUGGCGCCUGCUUGCACUACAGCGAGUGGAACCGGAAGAAGCAGGCCGGCAUUUCCAAAGAGGAGGAGUUCAAGCUGAUGUACGGGAUGCUCUUCUCCAUCCGUUCCUUUGUUAGCAAAAUGAGCCCUGUGGACAUGAAGGAUGGCUUCCUCUCCUUCCAGACCAGCAAGUACAAGCUGCACUAUUACGAGACGCCCACCGGGCUCAAGGUGGUCAUGAACACGGACUUGGGAGUGGGCAACAUCCAGGACAUCCUGCACCAGAUCUACAGCUAUAUUUACGUGGAGUACGUGGUCAAAAACCCUCUCUGCAACUUGAACGAGACCAUCCAGAGUGAGCUUUUCCGCAGCAAGCUGGACAGCUUCGUCCGCGCCCUGCCCUUCUUCUCGGCUCGUGCUGGCUAGCUCUUUUUUCCUGACCGCCCCAAGGACUACGGUGAGCGUGAG